AUGCCCAGAAGCAAAGUUUGGCAACAUUUUACAAUCGUGGAAAAUACCGGUGAGGCCUCCUGCAAUUAUUGUGGUGAUAUGCUGAAACGUAUGGGAUCCACCACUUGUUUAUGGAACCAUUAUAACUUUAAGCAUAAACUCAGUUAUGGAGUUGAUAAUCAACCGGAACCUUCGAGCAGCCGUGCUACAGGUGAUUCAGAAGAAAUUUUGCCUCCAAACCGGAAGCGGCAGUCACGGGUUAGUACUUCAACCAGCAGUUCCACAAGUAUUACCCAAGACCGCCAAGAACUAAUUACCCAGGCGUUAACGAAAAUGUUAACAAUGGAUAUUCUGCCGACAUCCUCUGUUGAAAACGAAGGAUUUAGAUCGUUAAUGAGUGUUUUGGAGCCAGGGAACAAAGUUCCUUGUCGGAAAACCAUUCGAAAACGAAUUGAGGCUUUGUACUCUGAUGAAUUAGUCAAAGCUCAAAGUGUCAUUGGGAAGGUUGAGACACAUAUAGCUCUGACCACAGAUGGUUGGACUUCAAGGGCAUUGGAUUCCUAUGUCACAAUAACAGCGCAUUAUUUUGAUUCCGACUGGGCCCUUCAUUCAAUGAACCUGAAAACAGAAGAAUUGAAUACAAGCCACACUUCGGAAAACUUGCGAAGCUUCAUUCUGGACUCUAUAGAGGAGUGGGCAAUUUCCGCAAGAGUUUCAGCUAUAGUCCACGAUAAUGCAAAAAAUAUUACAAACGCCGUUAGGAAUUUGGACAACAUAGACAGCGUUGCUUGUGCAGCACAUACACUGCAAUUAAGCAUAAAAAAGGGCAUGGAGAUGGAAGACUGCAGACAUUUAUUAAAAAAGGCAUCCAAUUUAGUAAGUGCCUUCAAUCAUUCCGCAAAAAGAACAACAGCACUGGAGAAACACCUUCAGCAACUUGAAAAACCCGUACUGUCGCUGAUACAAAGUUGCACGACAAGAUGGAACUCCAGCUUUUAUAUGGUCGAGCGGCUAUUAAAGUUGAGACCCUCAUUGGUGGCAGUGCUCGCAGAUCGAGAAAUUUUUGAUGGUCUUACGGCCCAAAAAAUAGAAAUUUUCGAGGACGAGUGGCUUAAGUUAAGUGAGGUUUCAAAUUUGCUGAAGCCAUUAGAAAAUGCAACAACUGUUUUGUGUUCUGAAUCCAAAAUUACAAUAUCUCUCGUUCAGCCCAUCAUGAAUAGUUUAGGGAGGAAAAACCUCAACGUGAACUGCAAUGAUACCAGUUUCGUAACGGAUCUCAAAAAUGAAAUUUCAUUUGACUUAAUUCAAAGGUUUGGACUGAAUACUACGUUGGAGACACGUUGCGUGGACCCAUCUCACAUCGCAUCAUUCUUAGAUCCGCGACAUAAGAACUUACUUUUUGAAAGUUCCGAGGAGUUUAGAACAAAGAUCUUCACAACGGCAAAGGAAAUUCAUCAGUCUUGUUUGAACAUGCCGUCAACUUCGGUCGCAGAUGACACUCCAACAGUUAUAGAUAUACUUCUUGGUGGAGAUAACAUAAAUGAAACGCAAAUGUCUAAUAACUAA